GUAGAGCCUUCAGUGCCGAUGCACUAGGCAAUGGCCGGUUAGCGAGCAUGGCGGAGCCGGAGCCGGAGCCGGAGCAGAUCCGUCUGAAGUACAUCCGGAAGGAGGGUUUCUUCACCGUGCCUCCAGAACACAGGCUGGGACGGUGCAGGAGUGUGAAGGAAUUUGAGAAACUGAACCGUAUCGGUGAAGGCACCUAUGGCAUUGUGUAUCGGGCCCGGGACACCCUGACAGAUGAGAUUGUUGCCCUUAAGAAAGUACGGAUGGACAAGGAGAAAGAUGGGGUCCCCAUCAGCAGUCUGCGUGAGAUCACACUGCUUCUUCGCCUUCGCCAUCCAAACAUUGUGGAAUUGAAGGAGGUGGUUGUAGGGAACCACUUGGAGAGCAUCUUCCUGGUGAUGGGUUACUGUGAACAAGACCUGGCUAGCCUUCUGGAGAAUAUGCCAACACCUUUUUCUGAGGCUCAGGUGAAGUGCAUUGUGCUGCAGGUGCUCCGGGGUCUCCAGUAUCUGCACCGGAACUUUAUUAUCCACAGGGACCUGAAGGUCUCCAACUUGCUUAUGACGGAUAAGGGAUGUGUGAAGACAGCGGAUUUUGGUCUGGCUCGAGCCUAUGGCACCCCAGUGAAGCCAAUGACUCCCAAGGUGGUCACCCUGUGGUACCGGGCCCCUGAACUGCUGCUGGGGACUACUACACAAACCACCAGCAUUGACAUGUGGGCCGUGGGCUGUAUCCUGGCUGAGCUGCUAGCCCAUAAGCCGCUUCUGCCUGGCACUUCUGAGAUCCACCAGGUCGACCUAAUUGUGCAGCUGCUGGGGACGCCCAGUGAAAACAUCUGGCCUGGUUUUUCCAAGUUACCGAUGGCCAGCCAGUAUAGCCUGAGGAAGCAACCAUACAACAAUCUCAAGCACAAGUUUCCAUGGCUCUCGGAGGCCGGCUUACGCCUGCUCAACUUCCUCUUUAUGUAUGACCCCAAGAAAAGGGCAACAGCUGGGGACUGCCUGGAGAGCUCCUACUUCAAGGAGAAGCCCUUACCCUGUGAGCCAGAGCUCAUGCCCACCUUCCCCCAUCACCGCAACAAACGGGCCACACCAGCCACAUCCUCAGCUGCUGAGACUCAGAGCAAGCGCUGCAAACCCUGAUGGACGGAACCUCAUCUUGAACAGCAUGGCUGCAUGGAUCAGGCUUUCUGGAGCUGGUUUGUGCCCGUAUCUGGGAAAGAGCAGUACUGAACUGACAGCAGCUCCCAGGACAGCAGGGUGUGGUUGUGGGGUGGUGUGGCUGCACAGAAAGGGCAGUGGCCAUCAGAUACUGAGGGCCCUUUGCAGCUCCCAGCUGUGGCAGUGUUUCUUGAAGGUUGUAUGGAGUUCUGACUUCUCAAGAGGAAAUACCUGUUGGGCCCUCCCUGGGUGUUGCUGGUUUGAAAGAAGAUCCAGGAGGAUCCAGGAGGUCCCUAGGUUCUGCCAGGGCCUGGAGAUACUUCAGGGACCCUCUGGGUGGGUGGGUGGGGGUGCUGAGGCCCAGGAAAAGGUUAUAACUAUGUUAACAAGAGUUCAGAAAGAUAAAUGCUUUCCUGAUA